CGACCAAGAGAGCCCCUCGAGAUUCCUCCAUCUCAGCAUUCUGCGCCUGGUUUACCGCUAACGAUCCAAGUUGAUCUCUUGCAGACUUUCUCACAGGAGAAACCUUUGUCGUCCCGUCCGGUACUCGAUCAUGGCGUCGCGGGAUUUAUACAAGACUAAGCUGUGCGUUCUUCAUGAAAGGGGGAAGUGCGACAGACCUAACUGCACUUUCGCGCAUGGAGAAGAGGAGCUCCGUAAAGCUCCCCCCGGAGCAACCGCGACUGCGACGCUUCAUUUUAUAUUGGGUUCUUCCGAAGUUCAGUUAUUGGCAACUUAUUUGACACCAUGUGAUCGACUCCGGAGCGUUUGUUUCCUCAAACCCUAGUUGACGAAGAUGCAUGUCUUGUGAAGUGUUGAGCAAGGUCCUUUAAAUACCUUUUCACUUCCAUCCAUUCUCAGCCAGAGCGUCUUGACGCCGGUGCACAAGUGAGUUGCCCUGCGUUUCUGUCAUUCGUUCAAUAAGAACGGCGAGCUUUCAACAAGUGAUUUAUUCGAUAUUCCUGUCCAUCUCCAUAAGGUAUUUCAGGGAAGUACUCGGGGUACAGAGGAGGGGAUCUUCGCGAUCGCAUGAGGUAUCGUUCUCCGCCUGAAGAUGGCAGACGCCGCGGACGGAGGCCUUCUCCGGUUAGGAAGCGAGGUCGCAGCAUCUCUCCAUCACCUUCAAGAGACGACUACUCUGACCGCUCAUAUGACUCUCGCUCGAGGUCGCCUUCUGAGAACAGUGAAAGGCAUCAUGGUGACCGGAAACGAGAACGGGGAAUGGACUACCGAGCAGCUGGCCCUAGUCCAGGCAGCAGGGCUAUAUCGGCCGAAAGGGUGGAACUCGAGCGUGAGAGGAAGAUGCUUCUUAAGGAUGUGGCCAUUCAAAGGGAGCAUUGCGACACACUCCAGACUCUCCUUGGUCGCAAGACCGAACUGGCGAAGGAUCUUUUUGAACAUGCAAAGCUUCUGGAGAGGGAUGUUCAAGAGAAGGAAGACCUUAUUGCCAAGGUAUCCAUCAACCUGAAGACGCUCGUUGAUGCGCAGCAGUGCGUCACGGCAGCAGAGGACGAUGUGAAAAGGUCCAAGAUUCAACUUCACAUGUUUUUGGAGGAGUUGUCUCCAGAUGACUUGGCACCUCCAAUGUCCACUGUUGCAAAUCUUGCGGAACUUCCUACAGUUCUGGAUGCUGCACCUGUUGCAGUACCAGCUUCCAUUCCCUCUGCUGCCGGCGCUGCUCUUUCACCUCUCAACCAUGACGCAUCUGGGAACAUGAGCUUAGUCCCAGCUUCACAUGUAGGAAAUGCUGAUCAGGAAGGAUUGCCCUACAGUUCUGGUCCAGUUACGGAGCAGCUGGUUACUGGUAGUCACACGCUGCCCCACACAAGGCCUCCUCCCGUCGAGAAUCAAUCCUCCGGCAAAGCUGCUUCCUCAAGGCGCCUUUCUCAAGACGAUUAUGCAAGGUCUCGUCCUGAAGACUCCAUUCAUGAGACACAGCUGCCAAUGAGGAGAAGACAUUCUCGUGAAAAUCGCCACGCUGACAACAGGUCUGAGUUUCGUGGCUCAGAACUGCGAGGUGGGCGCAGCAGGACGUCAGGCAUGCGAGAGAGAGAAUUCAAGGAUGAGGAAAUGAAUGGCCCAUCUGGCCGAGAUGUUCAUCCAGAACAUGGCGACUUCAAGCAGCCCAAAGCGAGGGCUGCCCCAGAUGAUGAUGAUGCUGAUGAGGGUGGCGAGCAGCCCGUUGCAGAUGCAGCAGAGGCUAAAGCCGGCAAGGGUAUUGUCAUGAAGUUUCGCGAAAGUGAUAAACGUGGGAAGCGUCAAAUUGGCCAGGAAAAGGAUGUGGAGAAACAGGCAAAGCAGGCUGAAGACUUUGGAAAGGGCAAGCAGAGCAGGAAUGCGGAUGCUGACAAGCCUUUGAGGACAUCUGAAGCACUCCAGAAGGUUCAGGAUGCUCCUUCUCAGCUGAAAUGGCUUAAAGAGGAAAAGGAGUCACUUGCACGCAAACCGGAGCUCACCGUUCCUGCCCAGUCAAGCAUUGUAAAAUUACCGUUUCCAGAGAAGGUGAAGCAGGGAAAGUCUAAACCAGAAGAGAAAGUGGAACAGCAGGAUCAGCAACAGCAGAUUGAGCUGCCAGAGGAGGAUGACGCACUGCAGGGGUCAAAGAAGGAAUCUGCGGCUGCUCAGAGUGCCGGGAAGCAGGAAACUGAUAAGGUGAAGCAGGAGCAGAUACAGCAACGGCAGCAGGAGCUGAUGGAGCACAUUCAAAAGCAAAUUCACCAGCGCCAGCAGGAGGAGCAGCUGCAGCACCAGCUGUUCCAGCAGCAGAUGGCAGCAGAGGAGGCUGAGAGACGGGCCAUGUAUGCAGCUCAUUACCAGCACCAGCAGCUUGAGCAGCAAUACUACCAGCAGCAGCAAGACCCUUACCUCAUGCAUGGUGAGGGGUAUCCUCCUCCCGAGCAUUACCAGAUACCCCCUGCAGAGUAUCCCAUGGAAGAGGAUGAGGCCCCUCCGGGUGUGACGCCUCAAGCUGAUGAAGGGAUGGGGCUGCCAGUGUCUCAUGAUGUUUUUGCUGUCGCUGCUCCUGUGGAGUAACUGUGCUGGCAGCUCAUGUUGCAAGUUCUCGGGGUGAACUGCUCGACUUUUUGCUGCUUCUAUCCCUUUCAAGAUCAGCUUUUGAACAGCUUUUCUACGUCUGACUGUUCUGAAGCUUGCCUCUUGGAAGCUCUGACUACUGUAUGGCUGCACUGUGGUGGUCUAGCUGCCACUUGUACCGUAGGUGGUUCUGACAUGUUUAGCCAUUGAAGCCUAUUAACUCUGAUCCCUUAUCUUUGCUCGGCUUUCCUCCACAUUGCACUGCAAU